GCUGGCUUGUGUGUCUCUCAGAACUGCGUCUGCAGCUGCUGAGCUGUUGCACGCAGUAUACAGAGCUCUAGGCUGCUCAAUUAGAACUUCAAAAGACUAGAAGAAUUCUGUUCAAUCAAAGUGGUUCUGGUUUAGCUGUGAGAUCUGAUUGAGAGCUGCCAGUGUCUGUCUGCCUUCCCGAACCGAUCUGGCUCCGAGAUGAAGGGUAUGCUGCACUGAUCGGAAAGUGUGCGAGUACUCUUCAGAGAGAGCUGAGAAUGAUAGCUGCUGGAAAACUUUCAAGUCUCCACAGAAAUAUACAGAUGAACCAUCAGUUCUCACUGGCUUCUUCUAUGGAUCUUUUGAGCAGCAAACCUCCUCUGACCGAGCAUCGCUUAGACUCCUAUCAAGAUGUUUCUAUCCAUGGCACUCUCCCUAGGAAGAAAAAGGGGACCAUUCCCAUUAGAUCUUGUGAUAUGUUUAGCCAUAUGGGAACCCUGCCGUUCUCCAGAACACAUAGGCAGCAGUCACCUUUGAUUCAAGAUGUCCUAGAGGAGUAUCCCCUGCAAGACAGGAAGAGUGAGAAACUCCACUUCAGAGGUCAGAAUAUCCUGGAUCCAGCUAUGGAAUAUGUGAAGUUUUCUAAAGAGAGGCAGAUUAUGGACAACACCCCAGAAAAGCUGAAGAAAGAGUUAGAGGAAGAGCUGCAGCUGAGCAGCGAAGACUUACGUAGCCAUGCUUGGUACCAUGGACGCAUUCCUCGGCAGGUGGCAGAAAGCCUAGUUCAGAGAGAUGGAGAUUUCCUGAUUAGGGAUUCUCUCUCCAGUCCUGGAAACUUUGUUCUUACCUGUCAGUGGAAAAACAUCUCUCAACAUUUCAAAAUCAACAGGACAGUCCUCAGACUCAAUGAAGCCUACUGCCGUGUUCAGUAUCAGUUCGAACUUGAAAGUUUCGACAGCAUCCCUGGGUUAGUGAGAUGUUAUGUGGGGAAUCGCAGGCCAAUAUCAAAGCAGAGUGGAGCAAUUAUUUUUCAGCCUAUCAACCGGACCGUGCCACUGAGGUGUCUAGAGGAAAAGUACGGAGUAUCUCCAGUUCGACAAAGAGAAUGCAAUAUCACUGAAGGAAAAACAGAGACAGCAGUAAGGCUCAGUAUAUGCGGCGUGCAGUCCCAGGAGCACAGCUUAACCAGAGGAAAUCUUUUAAGAAACAAAGAAAAAAGUGGUAGCCAGCCAGCUAGUUUGGAUCACGUCCAGGAGAAAAGAUUCUCCCUAAAGGCUCACCAGUCAGAAAGCUACCUGCCAAUAGGUUCAAGGCAUCCAUCUCAGUUACCUGAAGUAAAUACAAGCCCAUGUUCAAAUUCCCCUGCAUUUAGAACAGGCAGUGAACCUACUCUAAGCCCCACAGUAGUUCAGAGGAUCGCUUCUGAGUCGCCAGUAGGAGAAGCUCUUAGAGGAUCAGACAGUCAGCUCUGUCCCAAGCCUCCGCCUAAACCCAACAAAGUGCCCUUGCUGAGGCAACCUCAGUCUCCUUUAGCUUGGCACAGUUCAGAGGCACACUACUGUGAAUUAAACCCUGCCACUUCCAUAGACUGUGGAGCAACACAGCAACCUCUGUCUCAGAAGAGCAGCUAUGUGGAGCAUCUGAUAGCUAAAGAGAAUGGAUUGCUCUCAUUCAGGAACUCUGAAACAAGUUAUCUGAUCCAUGAAGAUGAUGCCUUACAGAGCUCAAUGGAUCCAUUAGCAGCUUGGACUGAGAUGGCUGAAGAAGGCAGCAUGUUUGUAGUACCUGUUCUUGAGACAGUAUCCAGUUUUAAACCAAAUGAUUUUGAAUCCAAACUUCUUCCUCCUGAAAACAAGCCACUUGAAACACCAAUGUUAAAAAGAGUUAAGGAGCUAUUCACCAACAGUAAUCCAAAGAUUAUUGCCCGGCAUAUGCUUAGAAUGGACUGCAAGGUUGCUAGGAUACUAGAGGUCUCUGAAGAGAUGAGGAGGAGGAUGGGAGUGAGCUCAGGUCUGGAGCUCAUUACAUUGCCCUAUGGACACCAAUUGCGCUUGGACAUUAUUGAAAGACACAACACCAUGGCAAUCGGAAUAGCUGUGGAUAUUUUGGGCUGCACAGGAAACUUAGAAGAGAGGGCUGCAACCUUAAACAGGAUCAUCCAGGUAGCCAUAGAACUGAAGGACUCCCUGGGGGAUUUGUACGCAUUCUCUGCUGUCAUGAAAGCACUUGAAAUGCCACAGAUCGCAAGAUUGGAACAAACAUGGGUGACUUUACGGCACCACUACACCCAAACUGCCAUUACUUAUGAAAAGCAGUUGAAGCCGUUCAGCAAAGCUCUGCAUGAAGGGAGAGAGUCCGUGUGCGCUCCCCAAAACAACAUAACCGUGCCCCUGCUGAUGCCCUCAGUUACCUUGAUGGAGCGACAGAUUGUCAUUUUUGAUGGGAUGGACCUGUGGGAAAACACCGACCAAAGCUGUGAAAUAAUGCUCAAGCAUUUAGCCACAGCCCGUUUUAUAGCACAAAAUGCUGACAUGUACCGAAUGACUGCGGAAAGGAUACUGGAAGGUUUUCAGCCAGAUGAUGAGAUGAGUGAGAUCUUCAAGACAGAAUUUCAAAUGAGAUUGUUAUGGGGCAGCAAAGGAGCACAAGUUAAUCAGAGAGAGAGAUACGAGAAAUUCAACCAGAUUUUAACUGCUCUCUCCCGAAAAUUAGAACCUUCUCCAGUGAAACAGGUAGAGCAAUGAAAUAUCAAAUGGACCCUUAAGAUAUGAUUACUUCAAGUUUGCCAUUUAAAAGAAAUUGCCCAUUUGUCACUGUACAAGCUUCUAGCAUUCACAGGAUCUUUAGGACUUGUAAAUUGCACAAUGCACAUUUAUGAAUUGUUUAAAAGCUACUGAUUUCUAAAUGAAUAAUUUAUUUAUUAAUAUGUAACCAUGUUGUUUUAAUAAUUUCUUGAACAGUCAAAUUUAAGAUAGUCUGCAUAAUGUAUUCUUGUGAUUUACAAAAGUGUCUAUUGAUGUCUACUAGUCAUUACUAUGGGUGUUUUACUUAAUGUUAUCAAUAAUGAAACAGUGUACUGUAAAUAAAAAACGAUAGGUAUUUUAGAAAGUAUCAGUUGUAUGAUAUUCCUUAAUAAAUAUGAACCUGUACAUAGUUGUGAAUUAAAAUAUAAAUACUGUACAGUGGGUCAUUGUACACUAUAAUCACAGGAAAUAAUGUGAUCUGUUAAAAAAGUGUCCUUUUUAUACUGUCCUGGCGACGGGGGAAGAAACGGCUGAGACUGUAAUGGAACAGAAAAUUAACUAGUUGAUUAGGGUAGAGUUUGAUAUAUUCUUUCACCAAGGUACAUAGCACCCAUGAGCUGAUACCAUUUGUCUCCCAGGAAAAUAGUAUUUAGAAGUUACUCUGGACUUCAUAAUUCACAAGUUACUAUUCAAGAGUGUUCUGGUUUGUUGUUCAGGCUCCAGUACAAACUAUGUCAUGUGUGCUGGAAAUGAGUGGGGGGAAAAAGCCCAAACAAGGGGAUGAGAAGAACAAAUAGCUAAGCAAUCAAGAUCAUUAAAAUGUCUUCAACUUCACCAUCAGCUAGAGGUUUGCACCUGUAUCUCAGGUCUUCUCCAGCAAACAGGAGGAAACAGAGGUUAGUAAGUAGUAGCUAGAUUAAUCUAUCAAUCUUUGCUGUAUACAAUUAAGAGGAACUGUAUAAUCUGAUGGCAAAGUGUGGUGGAGUUCAAGUCUUUGAGGAACUAGUCAUGGAGAUAUUAGAAAAGCUCACCUGUAAUAAACCAUCAACAUUGGAUGGUAUUUUAUGAAAUAGGGGAGACAGCAAAUUAGUGUCGGUGCAGCUGUGGCUGCAAUGUAGAUCAUGGCUGCUAAUGGGUUUUUCCUUAACUUUUUUUUAAAUUGAUAAACUCUCAAAAGGGCUUACUCAGAAUCCUCAUCUCCAUUGUAAGAGUAAUAUACCUGUGCCAUAUUUUAUAGCAAUAUCUAUAAUGGUCAAAUGAAAUCAGCCUUCUACAAGAGAAACCAUCUUUAGUGCUUUAGGAUUAUUUCAGGAAGUUCAAAUAGUAGAUAAAAAUGACAGUCAGUCAAAUUUAAUUUACUUGGAUUUUCAUAAGGACCCCCAUAAGCGAUCAAGAAAAAUAAAUAACCACAGCCUCAGUGACAAAAGUUAUGAUGCUGAUUAAAAUCUUACACUGAACUAGAAAUUUCUCUGCCCACUGAAGUGUGUGAUUAUUUCUCAGUUACACAAA